UUUCCAUAGAUCUUGAAGAGCCAGAAUGCCACGUCGUGGAAAAAGUAGCAAACCAAGCUAUGGCCGGACGACCGGGAGUCCGUACAUCCACAAGCCGCUUCCUAGCGGUGUUCCAGUACCUAUGUGCUUUUGUGGUGAUCCUUGCAAGGUAGAAAUUUCGGAAGACGAGGAAACCUAUCGGCAGAGGUAUUGGAUGUGUUCCAAUUUUGCCUGGGAGCCUACGCCAAAACAACGCCGCAGUAACUUUAUUACCCCUCCACCAUUGUGUGAUUUUGAGCAGUGGAUCGACACUGAUAUUAAGGAGUCCGACAAGCGGCUUCUACAAGGCCUAAAGGAGUGGGAUGCAGAGCGUGCAGAGAUAUUAGAGAAGAGACGUAGAGAGGAGGCUCAAAAGAGGGAGCACAAGGAAGAGGAGGAAAGAAGACGUGUUGCUGCGGCUCGGGAGGAGAGGGAAAAGAAGCUUCAGCGUGUGCGCCGAGCGAAGGCAGCGAUGGAUGAGAAUCCAGAUUCCGAGAGGAAGGGAAAGUGGCCUUGUUGCACUCAGUAG